AGGGACAGGACUAUGAAAUCCGCACCUACCAGCCCACUAAGUGGGUGAGCACCUCUGUGAGCGGGAUGCAGCUGGAAGCAGCCUUGUCUACUGGCUUCCGUAGACUCUUCAACUACAUCCAAGGCAACAAUAAAAACAAACCUCCUUUCUUGCCGGUUCUACAGAGGCCAAAGUGGAGAUGACGGCCCCCGUGACAUGCCACGUGAAACCCGGGGCCGGCCCUGCGUGCGAAUCUCAGUUCACUGUAUCCUUCUACAUCCCAGAGGAGCAUCAGGCCACUCCUCCCGAGCCCAACGAGUCCGAGGUGUUUAUAGAGCACAGGAAGGAGUUAACGGUGUAUGUCAGGACAUACGGUGGUUUCUCCAAUGAUAACAUGAAGCGUGAGGAGCUCCUGAAACUUAUGGAAAGUCUGAAGAGGGAUGGAGUCCAAUACGUCGAGAAACCGUACUACGUAGCCGGGUACGACAGCCCUUUCAAACUGACCAACCGCAGGAAUGAGGUCUGGGUCCUCAAGAACGAAGAGGAGCAGUAGAGCGUUCCUGGGUCACACUCUAUCCUAUCAAAAUGUUAGUGAUGGGAAUUUAAAUGUGAUGAUUCGAUACAUUUCGGUUUGACCAGAAAAAAAAGUUAGAUUUGCUACUUCCACUAAAAGUUACUGAUUACUCACUGGAAAACUUGAUAAGGAGACUAAUUACAUGACAGCUAGAGGUCCUGUCGGCCAUAUGAAGCAAUAUAACCAGCAGGUGGAGCCAAGUAGUCAAGAAAAUGUUUCUUAUGUUAAUAGAAAACCCCACAAGUGCGUCUUAAUUAAAAAAAACAAAACAAAUUUUAAUGAAUAUUUUCAAAAUACACUAAUUUUAGGCUUUUGAUUAUGCAUGUUGCUAACCUCCUUUUUCACAGCAGAUGUUUUAGCCUGACAGGGCAGGGACAGCACCCAUGUAACCGAUAACAUUCACAGUGUGAGCCGGUUCCAGGGGGGCAGUGUAGGCUGGCUCACUGUGGGAGCACACUGUGUACCUUUCCUGUGUGCGAUGGACACGAAGCUUCUUGCUUUUCAUUUACACGCCUACGCUAGCAGGUGAGAGCAGCCACGUGUCACUCAGGCGACGCUGCUUAGAUUUGGCGUGUCAUCAGAUGUUUCCAUCAACAAAGAUCUUUAAGUCAUGCUGACACCAUAAAUAUAUCUAUUUUAGGAUCAUUGGCUACACUCAGAAUAUGUGAGACUUGCAAAAGUAAACCAGAGUGUGUGUGUGUGUGUGUGUGUGUGUAUAUAUAUAUAUAUAUAUAUAUAUAAACCAUUCUUCAAUUGCAUGUAAAGAAAGAAGGCUACAUGUGUAUUGUGCACCCUCUUCCUCUUGAGGUAGACUAACAGUUUCAGCUGCUUUUUCCUGCAACGUCAAGUCGAAGCCUUUGCUGUGAAAAAUGUUCAAAUAACAUGGCAACUAACUACUGCUUGUUUACACUCACAUAUUGAUGUGACAGGACUGUGUGUAGGAAACAAAGAAAGCAAAGGAAAUGUUUGUAUUUGGUUCUGAAGUCAGUCCUGAAAUAAUACCAGUGCCUUUAUGGACAUUAAAACACGGAUAAAUCCAGUCAUCGCUGUGUGUAAAAGUGCAGUCUGAAGGCUAUUAGAUGCAACUGUGAGGCUUUGUCAGUCAGAGUUACGUGAAUCAGCGGUCAAAAUGGGGGAAAAAAUAGUGUUUUGCAGUUUAGUGAGGACUCACGGUCCAUAAAAAAGUAAAUCCACACAAAAAUUAUCAGUGCAUCUAAAAGUGCAGAAGCCUCAUAUUUGUUUUCACUGAACUUUGGAGUAUAAUAUUUGCACACGCCACGAGUUCAGCCUGUGAAAAUGUGUCUCCUGGUACUUGGAUUUGAGUCGCAUUAUAGAAAGGGAUCUCAUCAAAUCCGUUAUGACCAGAGGGAUCAAGUGCAAGGGAUUAAGCAUUAAACAUAUUUUGACUUUGUAGAUCAGCUGCACAGUUUAGCAGAAGGUUUUGUUGUCAGUCAGCUCUGGCGCUGGGAAGGUGACUCUGCCUGGCAGGCGGCCGAGCGUCGUUAAAUCUCAGUUUAUCUGCUCUCAGACUUCACUUACUGCCACUGCGACCGCAUCUGCAUCCAUUGUGAUGAAUGGCUGGGCCCGUCACAUCACACGUCUCAUAAGCUGUCAUUUUUGUCGAAUAUAAAUGUGUGUUUAACCAGCUUUGUGCUCAGUUGCUCAGACUGACCAUUUUUGGUUUAAUAUUGGCAAAGAGAGCUAACAAAAAUGUGCCUUUUUUC